UCUCAUCCGCCCCAAAAAAACGAAACCUGACUCUUUUUCUACCCUUCAUUAUAUUACACAACUAAUCGUAUAACUAAAAAAUAUUCUAAUAAAAAGUGCAACACUAAUCCUCUCCCUUUAUUUACACGUUGCAAUUUCCUGGAACACAAAACCAUACACAAAACCACAGACACCAUUGUAUUUCCCCUCUUGGAUAGUCCAGUCCAGUCGUAUAAGUAAUUUUCAUGCAUGGCUACUCCGAAUGUUUGUUUGUGUCGAUUCAAUUCUCGAUUCAAUAGCAAUAUUACAGGUAUUGGAUUAUUAUUGGGGGCGUCUCAUUUCUUGCCGUGUUUGUAGCUGACCCUGCUUUUAGCUAAUAUCCUGCCAUCCUGCAUAUUAUUUAUUGACAAAGUCUGAUAGGAAAGAGGACCCAAGGAAGGAAAACAAGUGUCCACUUUCACUAAUACUUUCACUCUGAGAGAAAAGCACCAGAAAAAACACAUCGCCGUCCAUCCGUCCGUCGAUAGAAAUGACACGACAACCGAACUAAUAAAAACUCACCACACUCAAGUUGAGAGUGUAGCAGGUGAACUCUGCAAAAAAAAUCCUCUCUGUUUUUUGUUUUCUUUAAAAAUCUAGUUUUUUUUGUAAAAAAAUGUUCGGAAACUUAUUUCUCAUCGUGCUCUUUCUCGAGUUAAGUUUGGCUCAGAUUCAAAGAGCACCCCUCCCGACCAGAGUGAUCAUUGCUGUCAACGCUGGGGGUCCUGCGCAUCGAGAUAUUUACGGAAUAAAUUAUGCCGCCGAUAAAUUAGAGGAAGGAGAGAGGUCGGACUAUGGGAUGCGGUACGAUAUUGAACGUGCCCCUCUGGACGAUGGGAUUUUGUACCAGACUGAACGGUACACGUUGGAUGACUCUUUCGAAUAUGAAAUUCCCCUGAGGAAGGAUGGCAGCUAUGUUUUGGUACUUAAAUUUAGCGAGGUUUACUUCAAAUCGGCAGGACAAAAGGUAUUUAACGUGGCUUUGGACGACUUCACGAUCCUGUCACACUUGGAUAUUUACCGUGAAGUAGGUUUAGCCACGGCACAUGACGAGGUCAUCCCUUUUAUAGUGAAGAACAAUGCAAAAAAGUUGAAAAUUCAUGACUCCGAGGUUCCCAUUCGGAACGGAAAAGUUAAUCUCAGAUUUUUGCGGGGGUUAGCAGACAAUCCUAAAAUUAAUGCAUUCUACGUUGUUCAAGGCACAAUUUACGAGAUUCCAAAACUACCCCCACUUAUGCCCCCGCAACACAUUCGUCGUCAACAACAGCAAAUUCAAUCUCGUGAAGAAUUCGAAGAAGAGGAUGUAGUUUUUGAAGAUGAGGACAACGAAGAAAUCAAUCUUUACGGGUCCAACGUAGGAAGUGAUAUGGACGACAAGAAUCUCAAGAUGUUCUCUUCUGAGAAUAGCAAACGUGUCCGUCGCAGCGGCCCUGUCCAGCAUGUUGACCCAUGGGAGUUGAAGAGCCAACAAGAUAAAUGGUUUCCCAUCGUGAUAACAGUGAUCUCAUUCCUCGUGGCCUGCAUCGUCCUUUACAUCUCGAUAGGAAUGAAGAAUAAAAAUGUACAAAAAACUAAAUAGUCAAAAUUACUGGAUAUCUAAUUAGUGGAUCCAUCAACUUCAAUUAACUGAAAAUAAUGUGAUACAUCAGCCAACAAGUAAAUUAUCAUGUCGAUAAGUCAUCAAUACUGCCACUCUUGUUAUCUUGAUUUUGCAAAUGUCAAAAUCAGUGCCUUAAAAAAUGUUUUUAAACUAAUUUUCUCACUCUUUUGAGUGGUUCUAAACGCUAAGUAAUUUUAAUGAAUUGUUCAUUACUUUUUAAUUAAUUUGUAUGAAAUAUAUGAAUAUCAACAAAUGUCUGCUUUUAUCCAUUUAUUACACGAUAAUUAAGUCAAGUAUAACACAAUUUUCAGUCUUUAAAUAAAAAUGCCUCGAAAUUAGCCACUUCCUAAAUAUUACGUACGACGACACGUCAUAAUAUAAUGUUAACAUAAAAACACCAACAAUUAAGAAAGAAGGAUAAUUAAGUUACGCCCAACCAUGAUUAAAAAUUAA